CUUUAUUGAUCGAUUGAGGAAGUAUUUCAUCUGGCAAUAGAUAUUACUUUGUAAUUAUUGACAGGCAUUGUUUUCAUUCAAUAAGUUACAUUGUACAACACAGACAGAAAAGAAUGUCAAUAACGACUGCAAAUAUUCCGAUGUCGUCCCAAUUUAUACCACAAGUGGUGGGAAUCCAACAAGCUCCACCAGUCGGACGCCAGCAACAGGCAUUUCCAGUGAGGACAUUUAAGGUGUUUGGUGGUAUACAGAUAGGUCUUGGCGUUCUACUUGGGAUUCUUAGUUUAAUUGGAGUGAUUUCGGAUAGUCGAUAUUAUCAUGACCACGCAUGGUUUUUUACAUUUGACAUAACUUGUCUAAUAUGUUCUGGAUGGUAUGGUUUUACUGGUUUUCUGCCUAUCUGUAUGUCAAAGAAGAGAGAAGCAAGAUGGACGUGUCUGAAAACUGGAUUUAUGGUGUGUAGCAUAAUUGGAGCGUCAAUUUUCAUUCCAGCUAUGUUAAGUGUUGGUGUGUUUAGUCCAAUUAUAACAGGAAAUCAAGAUUCGAAAGCUGUAAUUCUGUCAGCUUUCAUGGCUAUGUUGUCCUUUGCAGAAGUGGUAAUCGCAAUUAUUGCCUCUUCGUUCUGUUGUUGCUGCUCCACAUGGAGGACAUCAAUUCAGGAGGGAGUUGUUAUUAUGCAAGGCACCCAACCUGGAAUGUUUCUUAACCUACCACAGACUCAGAUUCCUAUGGCAAAUGGUCAGCAGGUCAUGAUAGCUACCGGACAAACAGAUAACCCAAUAGUGGAGUAUCCCAGAGGGCAACAGUCUCAAGUAAUGACUACAACUCAACCGGCAGAACAGCAGGUUCAAGCUGUUGGUGGUACACAACCAGAACCGAACAGUGGACAGGUUUUUGAUACCAAUCCGCUAGCCUACAAAGAAUAGAGGAGAUAUAACCAUCCAUUACAUACGAUUGUGUUUGUUUGUUGUAAAAAUCAAAGACUAAAAAUCUUAUUUUUAAAAAUAACUAACACUAAGUCUUGUGAAAUUAGAGACACACGAUUAUGUAUACUAGUAUAUAAAAUGAAGAGCUUUAUAA